UGUGAAGCCCGUGCCAGGGAAUAGCUAUUUUUUUCAUUGUCAUGCUUCUUUCCAAUGUGGUUUGGGAUCAUUGAAUAUUACCGUGUUGAAAGAAAAAGCAAGAGAAGCUGAAAAGAAGAACAAGAACUCCAAUAGUUUCUCUCUAAGACCUCUUCGCCCCUCCCUCACUUUGGCUUUUGGUAUUUACAAGUCAAUGCUUGAACAUUGGGAAGAAGAUGAAGAGGGUUAAUACCUUGUGAUGAGCCUCCGAUGGAGCCCAAGAAGGCGAAACUUGUAGCCUGCGUAGGGAUCGGUUGCCUCCUCGUCCUGCUCGUGAUUGUCUUCUCGCGCGUGGAGCCGUCCAAGGACUUCCUCACCGUAGCAGCCAUAGGCUUAGCAGUCGUCCUGGUCAUCACCCUGUGGCUGUUGGUGCACUACAUCAUCCUGAACCGGAGGCGGACGUCGGCUCUGCAUCGACUGUCCAACGAAGGCCAAGAGCUCCGGUUCCAAUACAGCUUCUUCCGCAAGGUCGCCGGGCUACCGACCAAGUUCUCGCUCAAGGAACUCGAUGCCGCCACCGACAACUUCCAGGCGUUGAUCGGACGCGGAGGAUCCGGGGCGGUCUUCAAGGGGAUCCUCGACAACGGCACGCCCGUCGCCGUGAAGCGGAUCGAGGGGGCGGAGUACGGCGAGAAGGAGUUCCGGGCGGAGAUCUCGGCCAUCGCCAGCGUCCAGCACGUCAACCUGGUGCGCCUCCUCGGCUACUGCCUCGUCCCCGGCGGCGGUCCGUGCUUCCUCGUCUACGAGUUCAUCGAGAACGGAUCCCUGGACGGCUGGAUAUUCUCGUCGGCAAGGGAACACCGCGCGCGGAGGGGGCAGUGCCUGCCGUGGCCGUUGCGGUACCAGGUGGCGAUCGACGUCGCCCGGGCGCUGGCCUACCUGCACCACGACUGCCGGGCGCGCGUCCUGCACCUCGACAUCAAGCCGGAGAACAUACUGCUCGACACGGGCUUCCGGGGGGUCGUCGCCGACUUCGGCUUGUCGAAGCUGAUGAGCCGGGACCAGAGCCGGAUAGUGGCGAGCGUGAGAGGGACCAGGGGCUACCUGGCCCCGGAGUGGCUCCUGGGCUCCGGCAUCUCCGAGAGGUCCGACAUCUACAGCUACGGGAUGGUGCUGCUGGAGCUGGUGGGCGGCCGCCGGAACGUCCGCGUGGUCGACCCCACCGCCGACGCGGAACAGCGGAAGUGGUCCUACUUCCCGAAAAUCGUGAUGGAGAAGGCGAGGGAGGGGAGGGUGAUGGAGGUGGUGGACGAGAGGCUAGAGAGGGUUGACGAGAGGCAGGUAACGACGAUGGUGAACGUAGCGCUGUGGUGCAUCCAGGAACAGCCGGAGCUCCGGCCGAGCAUGGCGCGGGUGUUCGACAUGCUCGAGGGGAGGUUGGCCGUCGGGGCGCCGCCGGAGACGGAGAUGAUAGUGGUGGACCUGCUAUCCAUAAUGGACGAGGAUCAAACAAGCGCCGCCGCCACCAGCAGCAGUUGCAGCACAUUUGGGCCUAGGAAUGAGGCGUCGGUUGGAGGCCAGUCAGAAGGACCGCACGCGACGUACUCGAGUUACUCUGCUAUGUCGCAGCUGUCGGGACGAUGACACUGAUACAAAUUGGCGUUCUUCUUUCUCGUUUCUUUUGGAUGCUGAAUGUUGUUUCCCUUGAAUCAUAUUGUCUGGAGAUUAAAUUGUGAUGA